AGAUAGAUAGAUAGAUAGAUAGAUCUUAACCUAUUGGGGUAGGACAUGAUGGGACAUGAAAGGUCAGUUUAAUACUUAGAGCCUAGUAUCAGAUUAAACGAAUGCUUUUCUUUCAGGAUUGUGUGAGGUGGCUUCCCAAAUCUCCUAAACUACACGGGAGCCAUAACUGGAAUUCUCAGGGCUCUCACUGGGCUUCCCUCAAGGGAAAAGAAAACAUCCAGGGAUUGAAACUCUACAAAUUCAGCUCAGUCAAUGAAAACCGGAAGGAAGGCCGAAUCAGUCCUGAGCAAGAAGCUGAAGGAUUGGAAGAUCCAGAUGAAGAUGAACCAAUAUCUAAAUUUUCUGGGAGCCUCUUUGCUUCGAGUGAGAGCAUUAGAAGUCAGAGAAAUGCAAGUACUCCACAAGAGAAGCAGAAGAUUGCAACAAAACCCAAACGCUGCCCAGCCACCAACCAUAAGCAGCAAGUUACAAACCACAUUGCACCUGAGGGCAAAAAGGUCUCCAAGCAAAACAAGGGCCGAACCCCAGGCAGCUCGGAGGCCACCCAGCCACUCCUGAAGGAUGUCCUUAUUUCUGAGCCCAACACACAUGAAUCUGGUCCUGCUGAGAUACCAUCGAAAAGUGUCCCAAUAAACCAUGUCAAAACAAUACCUCGAAUCAUCUUAACGCACCCUUCUACUUCAGAUGAAGAUCCGGACCAGAUCACCCAGGAUCUCGAUGACUCUGGGCCAGAGGAGCUGAAGAACACAGAAGGCCAUAUUUAUUCAGACUGUUUAAAUCACGCUUUCUAUCCUUCUUAA